UCCUGUCUAACGUGGACGUGGAGCUGAAGUAUUAUGACCUUGGUCUGCCGUGCCGCGACCAGACAGACGACCAGGUCACCAUUGACUCGGCCAUCGCCACCAUGAAGUACAACGUGGCUGUCAAGUGUGCCACCAUCACCCCGGAUGAAGCCAGAGUCGAUGAGUUCAAGCUGAAGAAGAUGUGGAAGAGUCCCAACGGAAGCAUCAGGAACAUUCUGGGCGGAACCGUCUUCCGAGAGCCGAUCAUCUGCAAGAACAUUCCCCGUCUGGUCCCUGGUUGGACGCAGCCAAUAACGAUCGGCAGACACGCCUUUGGUGACCAGUACAGAGCCACAGACUUUGUGAUCACCAAGCCAGGGAAGUUUAAGAUGGUGUUCACCCCAGCUGACGGCAGCAAGGGGAGUGAGUGGGAGGUCUUUGACUUCGUCUCAGGAGGCUGUGGGUUGGGCAUGUACAAUACUGAUGAGUCCAUCACAGGGUUUGCCCACAGCUGUUUCCAGUAUGCCAUCAAUAAGAGGUGGCCUCUAUACAUGAGCACUAAGAACACCAUCCUUAAGUACUACGACGGACGCUUCAAGGAUAUCUUCCAGGAGAUCUUUGAGGAGAACUACAAGCCAGAGUUUGACAGGCUGAAGAUCUGGUACGAGCACCGCCUCAUUGAUGACAUGGUGGCACAAGUCCUCAAGUCCUCCGGAGCCUUCGUCUGGGCCUGCAAGAACUACGAUGGAGAUGUUCAGUCUGACAUAUUGGCUCAAGGUUUUGGUUCCCUGGGUCUAAUGACGUCAGUGUUGGUGUGUCCUGAUGGGAAGACCAUUGAGGCAGAGGCAGCCCACGGCACUGUGACACGGCACUACCGCCAACACCAGAGGGGCCGACCCACCAGCACCAACCCCAUCGCCAGUAUCUUUGCCUGGACCAGAGGGCUGGAACACCGAGGGAAACUGGAUGGAAACCCAGACCUCAUCAGGUUCUCCCAGACUCUGGAGAGGGUGUGUGUGGAGAUCGUGGAGAGUGGUGUGAUGACCAAGGACCUGGCCGGCUGCAUCCACGGCCUGGCCAACUGCAAGCUGAAUGAACAUUACGUCAACACAUCUGACUUUCUGGAUGCCAUCAGGACCAACCUGGACAAGGCUCUGGGCAAGUGAAGAGGAGGACAACACCACCACCACAAAACAAACUAACACUACCUUAGAUUAGAUCUGUGUUGCUGCCAUGUUGUGGUCUCUCUCUGUAGUGUUGUGGUGUCUCUCUUUAUGUAGUGUUGUGGUGUCUCUCUCUUUGUCGUGU